UCAAGCAAGUGCUCAGAGCUCUCUCUCUCUCUCUCUCUAACCUUUUCUCUAAUUAGUCUAUCAUCCCUUUUUUAAUGAACGGAUAAAAUCUUCAUUCACUCUUCCUUCUUCCAUCAUGAAGGAGGAGUACUUCUCACCACUAAAAUUUUCUCUCAAUCCAACAAAUCUCCGUCUUCUUCUCCUUUCAUCCUGAACAACUAUUUCCUCAAUCUUCCAACUUCCUCUUAUGUAUUCAAAUCUUGAAAUCCUCAGACUCUGUAUUCUACUUCUUUGGGUAGAAGUCAUGUUGACUGAUGAUUCUGCUACAAUUUGUAACUCUUCGAGAAGAAUUCAACUGGAAGUCUUCACCUGCCUUAGCCUUGCCUUCUCCUUCAGCUAGUCCUAUAUACCUUCCCAACUCCAUGACAAAAAUGAGUUCUUGCUUGGGGGCUUUAUGGCUGGGAAAAAAAUGCAAGGCUGGUGGCAGUAUAACAUUGCCGCCACCGCUCGAUCCUGUUUCACUUCCCUCGUCUUCUUCUCCCUCAUCUUCUACAUUUCCAAAGCCGAGAUCUCCUGCUUUAGAAAUGGAGAUAAUGGAGAGGAAGAGGUGGGAUAGUUUGGAGUCAUGGUCGAUGCUACUGGAUGCAGGGAAUGCUGAGAGCUCAGAAGCAAAUGAUGGUGGAGAGCGAGAGGAAUGGAUGGCAGAUCUUUCUCAACUUUUUAUAGGGAACAAGUUUGCUUCUGGCUCACAUAGUAGGAUUUAUAGAGGAAUUUAUAAGCAGAGGGCAGUGGCUGUGAAGAUGGUGAAGAUUCUUGAUCAGGAUGCGGAUAAACGUGAGAGUCUGGAGACGCAGUUCAAGUCUGAGGUUUCUUUCCUUUCUCGCCUAUAUCAUCCAAAUAUAGUGCAGUUCAUUGCAGCGUCUAGGAAGCCUCCAAUGUACUGCAUCAUUACAGAAUAUAUGUCUCAAGGUACUCUAAGAAUGUAUCUUCACAAGAAAGAACCAUACUCUCUAUCAACUGAAACUAUUUUGAGGUUAGCCCUUGACAUUUCUCGUGGAAUGGAAUACCUUCAUUCACAAGGUGUGAUCCAUAGGGACUUAAAGUCUCAUAAUUUGCUACUUAAUGAUGAAAUGAGGGUCAAAGUCGCAGACUUUGGUACUUCUUGCCUUGAAACUCAGCUGAGAGAUUCCAAAGGUAAUAUGGGAACUUACCGUUGGAUGGCACCGGAGAUGAUCAAGGAGAAGCCUUAUACUAGAAAGGUUGAUGUUUAUAGUUUUGGAAUGGUGUUGUGGGAGCUUACAACAGCUCUUGUUCCAUUCCAAGGGAUGACUCCAGUGCAAGUUGCUUAUGCUGCUUCUGAGAAGAAUCUGAGACCUCCAUUAUCAACCUCAUGCUCUCCUGUUCUCAACAAUCUGAUUAAGAAUUGUUGGUCAGCAAAUCCAGCUAAGAGACCAGAUUUCAGUUAUAUUGUUUCAGUUUUGGAGAAGUAUGAUACAUGUCUUAAAGAAGGGCUUCCUAUGUUGGUGAAUCAAGAACUCAAUAUCAGGAAUUCUCUCUUAGGACUAAUUAAAGGCUUCAAGAGAUGCAUUCCAGCAAGUCCCUCCGUACCUGUUCUUGCUUAAUGGAAAAUUUACCUGAUAUUAUUGUUUAUAUAUUUAUAUUAUUUCAUCACUUUAUCUGUGAAAAGAUCUUGAGAUUUUCAAGUAAUGAUAUUCUUAAUAAAGAAUCAUUGUGAAUGAAUUGUUGCUGAUAGUUGAAUGCAUUUAUGAAACCGAUUGUAUAAUUGAGAAGAACAAGUAUGCAGAAUAUUUA